AUGGUUCAAAGGAAAGAAUUAAAAAUAAAAAAAGAAAGUUUCUCCAAACACUCUAUGCAAAACAGAUUUUCAUUAUCAUUUUCGUUAUUUGCUUUUUAUUGCAACCAUCAUUUCCCUCAAGAGAACGUGAUGCUUAAAAAACGACAAUUAUUUGAUACAGCUCAACAUCAUGUUGCUUUAAAUGUUAAUCUCAUAUCACGAUGUCUCUACAAUUUCACCUUCCAGCAAGAGUAUCGUGUUUAA